AGUUUGGAAAGCAUCGGUCUCCCAUUUCCGCUUCAAGAACUUCACUUCACUGCCCGCUUAGUCAAUCUUCUAAAAAAUCGAAACACGUUUAUGAUUAUGGCAUUUUCCUGAUUACUGUUUCUUGAUUCGAACACCGCGUUCAUCAUCACCGCAAGAAUUCGCUAACCUCAACGAACUCAGAAAUCCAAUCCCGAUUCACAACAAUGGCUUCCUUCGACGCUUUCGGCAAUGAAGAACACGAAGAACAGCGGCGCCAUUCGCCUACAACGCCGCCCUUUGACGACGAUGCCUACAUGGGUUAUGACUCUUCUCUCCCUUCCCACCGUUAUGAUUCUUCUACCACUUUCUCUACCGCCGACCAACUCCCUCAUGAAGACGACGUCGUUUCCGAUGUCCACAGCGCCGGAAACACCACUAAUCCUAAUUUAUCCGACGUUUACGACUUCGGAGUUUCGGAUCCUAAUCCGAGCUACGUAUCUCCCUUUGAUCAUGUUGAGGCUGAUGGAGAGCAUUACAAUGUUGCCGCCAGCCUUGGUGGUAUUGACAAUGGCGGUAUUUUUGUCUCUGAUGGACCGAUUCUCCCCGACCCGAGCGAAAUGCGAGAGGAUGGCCAUGCUCGACGCGAAUGGCGACGACAAAACGCCAUAGAUCUUGAGGAGAAACAGAAGAAAGAAAAGGAGAUGAGGAAUCAAAUAAUGAAUGAAGCUGAAGAGUAUAAAGCAUCCUUUUAUGAGAAAAGGAGGGCCAAUUGUGAAACAAAUAGAACUCACAAUAGAGAAAGAGAGAAGCUUUACCUAAUAAACCAGGAAAGAUUCCACAAAGAAGCUCACAAACAUUACUGGAAAGCAAUAGCAGAAAUCAUCCCACGAGAGGUACCUAAUAUUGAGAAGAGAAGAGGAAAGAAAGAUGCUGAUAAGAGUCCUUCAGUCGUGGUAGUUCAAGGUCCGAAACCUGGAAAACCGACCGAUCUAUCUCGAAUGAGGCAGAUUCUUUUGAAGUUGAAACAGACCCCUCCGCCUCAUAUGAUGCCUCCUCCUCCCGAACCGGCCAAAGAUAGCAAGGAUGGCAAAGAUACGAAGGAAGGGAUGAAAUCCGAAGGGAAGGAUGUUGAGGACAAGGAAGCUCCUAUGUCUCCUGCAGAAGAUAUGGAUGCUAAUGAUACUCCCGAUCGACCCGAAAUAGAGGUCGAGGCUCCUACUACAACCGAUGCCGUGCAAACUGUUGAGUUGGUGUCACGUUCUGCAGAGUAAGAAAUUAAUAGCAGUUCAUCUUAUGGGUUCUCUGUUCAUAGAAAAGUUAACAAUACAGACUUGCAAAGUUGUAGAGCAGCAGUCCAUGUUGUUAUUUGAUACGCAUAACUGUGGGAGGGAACAUUCACGCGUAGCACUGAUGAUUCAACCAUCACUGGUGGUCUAACUGGUCAAGUAGUUGGGUCAGAGUCCAAAGCAUUUCUAAUUAUAUCAUAUCUGCAAUCGAUGUCUACAAGUAGGGAAACUGAAUUUCAUGUAGAAUUGAGAAAGUCCACAUCAAUUAGACAAUGGAGUUUUCGAAGGCACGAUGGAUGUUCGGGUAUUGUAUUGUAGUAAACGAGCCACCAACUAGGAUACUGAAGAACUAUCGAGAUUGUUUUUGUCACGUCAUUAAGUUUUUUAACGUUUUGUGUCAAUUUGCCUCA